AUUUUCUGUACCGGUACCCAACCCUACAUUGCUAUCAUCUGUAAGUUAUAACAUGUACAUACUGUAUUCAUAUUUAUAAACUUGUUUGCUUGGUUUCUCACUCCCACCUUUUGUACUUCCCCCACAGCAGGCAACAUGUUGGCGAACACACUCCGACAGUCGCUGUGCAGAUGUCGACCUGCAGCGUAUGCCCAGGUCCUCAGACCUCUCAGCACAGCUGCAAACGGGGGAGGGAGAGGCACGGUCGAUGUUGGAAAAGACGCAGACGUAGCCCAGCCGUUGUCACAUGCACCAAAGGAUUCGACAAGUCCACCUGGAUGGAAAGCUGCUGCAGUACAGUCGCUGUUUACCGACGGAGUCAUGAGUGACAGAGCUGCCAUGGAGGCCACUGUGAAGGAGACCAAACCAGCAGAAGUGGUCACCGGAGAUGCUGCAGCAUCCAUGGCCAUUCCUGAAGUUCCAGCCUCAGAUGUGCUGAGUUCAGAGGCAGUUAUCGAGGAGGCUGUAGUAGCAGAAGUAGUGGCUCAAGAUGCAGCAGCUCUGGAGGGAGUUGUAGGAGAGGUAGAGGCUGCUAAGGAAGAUGGAGCUACUGAAGCAGCUGCACCGGAGGCUGUCGUGAAGAAGUUGUUGUGGAGGUCAGUGCUAUAGAGCCAGUUCCAGAAGAAGUGGUGGCAGAGGAAGUGGUGGCUGCUGUUGAAACAGUCACUGCAGAAGCUGUAGCAGAACCAGCAGUUGUGGAGGAGGUUGUUGAGGAAGUUGUGGUUUCUGGGGUUACUGCAGAAGAGGCUGUUGCCACAGAAGCUGCAGCUGAAGGUGUCAUUGCAGAAGAG